AUGCCCGUCGCAGCUGUAGGCUUGCUGGUCGCGCUGUCCGUCGAGAGCUUCAAAGCCUCCUCGCGCUUCUUCAACAAACGCAAGUCAAAGAAACACGGCUACGCCUCGUUGCGCACCGACGCCUUGGGCAGACCCAUCUCGGAAGACGGCAAGAUCCUCUCCAAGAACGAAGCCAGAGCGCUCGCAGCACAUCAUAAGGAGAUCGAGCGCAUCCGCACUGCCGAACGUGAAUGGCGUGCCAAAGGCGAACGUCUCCCUGCUUACUCCGAAACCGACAACGCGGCCAUUAUCGAGUCCCUACGUCGUCCCAGCACAGCGCCUGCUUCAGGUCGAAGCUCGACAUCUGUCUUUAGAGAACCCAGCACAACGCCUUUGUCAUCUACAUUGGCAGUCGUUGCGCUACCAGACGCCGUAGCCGCUGCAACAAGCAUCGAAACAUCAGCGCCAAGUAGACCAAGAGCCUUGAGCACAGCCUCGACGCCACUCGUCAGCAAUUCACGAUCACAGAGAGAGGCGAGAAACGAUGACCUUGCGGUUUCCACCUUCCAAGCUCUCGACAAUGGUGCCUUUGCCAUUCGUAGACGCACACGUACGCUCGUGCUACCCUCCAUACCUAGCACCAACGAAACGUCCGAGAUCCAAGAUAUUUUUCAGCACGAUGGAAUGGAUUGGAGAAGGGCUACCUGGGAAGCCCCCCCUCUUUAUGAUCGUGUCUAA